AGCAUUGAGUCCAGUGUGGGACCCUCCGCUGACACCUGGAAGCCACCGUGAUACCAGUGGUCUGACCGAUCCAUAGACCCCGGGGGCUUUUCAGUGGGACAUCUGUCAGUUCCAGUGACCAGAAGUAGGAGGGAACAAAAGUGUCAGGAUUCUUCCCGGCACUUGGCCCCCUGGCACCCUCUAAGGGAAAGCCAUCCCUGAUCCUGGUGUCAAGAUGACCUUAUGUGCAACCUAAAGCCCAUCACCAGUACCCAGCCUAUCUGCCACUGGACUUCCGUUCCAGUCCCCCUGCCAGCACCUGACCAAUGGGCCACUGGCCUAUGCCAUAGCCUUACUGGAAUCCCUGAGGGUUUUCCCCAGUACCAGGUCCUACCUCCGAUCGCUCCUAUGGGUGGUUUCCAAGAGAUGGACUACUGCUCCUUCCCACUCGGCACCGGACCCCGACUGCGAUACUGACCCCGAUACCAAUGUUCAGGAGUUGGCUUAGGUGAACAUACUUGAGGAAGAGGAAGGAGCCCCUCUGAUGCAAGCUACCUCCUCAUCCUCCCAAGGCGAGGCUGUCCCGUGACCCAGUAGCCUGCUUCCACAGGAUGACUUCAGGGCCCAUCAGAACUUCUGUAUCAGAUAGCUGUGGCCUGGGUCUCGAAAUUUGAGCAGCUCAGAGGCAUCACACAGCCUUAUUGAUAUCCUGGUGGCAGCAGCUCCCUCCAAAGUGGCCUUACCCAUCAAUGAGGCAGUAAUGGGACCAGUCAAGUCCCUGUGGCAAACUCCUUCUCUGCCCCCACCUCAAAGAGGGCAGAGAAAAAGUAUUAUGCUCAGCGAACUGAUUCAAGUACAUGUACUCAGACUCUUUCCUCCUCGGGGUCUCUGGUGGUGACUGCAGCAAAUAGGGACAGGCAGGGCCAGUCGAGUGCAACCCCCAAACAAAAAGACGCUAAGAGAAUGGACCUUUUUGGGGAAAAAAGGUUUAUUCGAUGGUACCCUUCAACUGCAUAUCUCCAACCAGCAAGCUUUGAUGGAGAGAUAUGAUUAUAAUCUAUCAGACUCCUUGGCUAAUUUAAGGACUCCUUACCCCAAGAUUUAAGGCAGGAGUUCACUGCCCUCAUGGAGCAGGGUAGGAAUGUGGCCAGGACCUCUCUCCAGGAGGGUCUGGAUGCUACCGACUCAGCAGCUAGGAUAAUGGCCUUCACUGUCACCAUGAGGCGUUAUUCUUGACUCCAGUCCUCUGGGCUUCCUCACUAGGUCCAACAGUCCAUCCAGAACCUCCCCUUUGAAGACUUUGGAGGAGGUUCCACAAGACUUGAGAGGGAGGGAGUUUUACUCCUGGUAUUUUCUAAUCCUAAAGGCCAAAGGGGGCUUCUGGCCCAUCUUGGACUUGCAUCACCUCAACAGAAACUGAGGUUCCGCAUGGUCUCCCUGGCUUCCAUCAUUCCAUCCCUGAAUCCAGGAAACUGGUACAUCACCCUCGACUUAAAGGACGCAUACUUUCACAUUUCUAUCUUCUUUGGCCACAGAAGAUUUCUCAGCUUUAUAGUUGGUCAAUACCACUACCAAUUCACCGCUGUUCCCUUCAGCCUAUUGGUAGCCCCCUGGGUUUUCAUGAAAUGUAUGGCGAUAGUAGCAGCCUUCGUCAGACGAUGAGGCGUCCAGCUCUAUCCGUACCUUGACUGGCUGAUCAAAGGUUGGUAGCAGGCUUAAGUACAGAACAGUGUCAGCACGGUCCGAGCCACCUUCCGAUCGCUGGGCGUGCUGAUAAACGAGCAGAAGUCAACUCUUUUCUCAGUUUAGAGAAUAACAUUUAUUAGGGUGGUGCUCGACUCAACCUAAGCCAGAGCCUUUCUGCUGGAGGCCUGAUUCAAGCCAUGUCAGACCAGAUAUCCAAUGUUAACGUCCACCCAAUCAUGACAGCUCAGGUUUGCUUCAAGCUAUUGAGGCACGUGGCAGCAUGUACUUCAAUCUUGGAUGUGUCGGUCUUAGGAUGGGGAGCCGAACUCAGGGCCUCUGGUCCCAAGAGGAACUCUCCCUGCACAUAAAUGUCAGGGAGCUCAGGGCAGUACGUUUAGCAUGCCAAGUGUUCCUUCCCCAGAUCUCAGGUGAGAUGGUGCAAGUUCUGACAGACAAUACUGUGGCCAUGUUUUACAUCAACAAGCAGGGUGGGGCUUGAUCUCUGGCCCCGCGUCAGGAAGCCAUCCAUCUGUGGGACUUCUGUGCAAAGCACUCCGUUCAUCUUGAGGUGUCACAUAUCCCGGGAGCCCAGAAUGUAUUGGUGGAUCACCUCAGCAGUUCCUUUCACCAGGUUCAUCUUCCAAAGGUGGGGGCCUCCCCAGGUGGACCUGGUUACUACCAGGCAGAACAGGAAGUGCCAUCAGUUUUGUUUGCUGCGCGGGCACAGCCCAGUCUCCGUCUCCGAUGCUUUCCUCCACCCAUGGACAGAUCUCCUAUUUUAUGCCUUUCCCCCGAUCUCCUUGGUUCACAAGGUCCCCCUAAAAAUCAAACGGGACAAGGUGAGAGUUAUUCUGAUAGCCCUGGCAUGGCCAUAUCAACACUAGUUUGGCACGCUCCUGGACCUGUCGGUAGCAACCCCACUCUCGCUCGCACUCGAUCCAGGCCUAAUUUCACAAGAUCAUAGCAGGUUGCAUCCCCAAACCUCGCCUCCUUGCACCCAACUGCAUGGAUGCUGCAUGGCUGAACCCAGAAGAACAGGCUUGCUCAGAACAGGUCCAGCAGAUCUUUCUAGGUAGUAGACAGCCUUAUACCAAGGCUACCUACCUGGGUAAGUGGAAGUGUUUCUCGAUUUGGGCUUCUCAAUGCACUCUCUCUCCAUCUCAAUCUUCUCUCCAGUCUAUCUUGGUCUGUUUGCUCCACUUAAAGCAGCAGGGCCUGGCUCUCAUAUCUAUCAAGGUACACUUAGCAGCCAUCUCAGCAUUCCACCCUCCAGUGAACAGCAGGUUAGUGUUUUCCCAGGAGAUGACAAUAUGGAUUUUCAACUUAAACCUGGUUCUGUCAAGACUCACAGGUCUCACCUUUAAGCCGUUAGCAUCGUGCCACCUGCUACUUCUCUCUUGGAAGGUCGCCUUCCUAGUGGCGAUCAUCUCAGCCAGAAGGGUCUCUGAAAUCAAGGUCUUUAUGUCAGAAUUGCCUUACUACACUGUGUUAUUUAAGGUCCAGCUGUGCCCCAAUCUGGCUUUCCUACCAAAGGUGGUGUCACAAUUCCAUAACAAGCAAGCCAUUUUCCUACCAGUCUCUUCCAGAAACAUAACAAGAACUCUGAGGAACGGCAGCUUCACUCGGACGUUAGACAUGCCCUUGCUUUUUAUAUUGAGAAGGACAAAACCCUUCCGCAAGUCUACACAACUCUUCGUAGCAGUAGCGGAAAGGAUGAGAGGGGGGCUUCCUGUGUUCGCCCAGAGGAUCUUGUCCUGGAUAACUGCCUGUAUUUGGGCUUGCUAUGAGCAGGAGAAUGUCCUGCCUCAGUCCUCCUUAACCGCUCACUCCACACAAGCCCAGGCUUCAUCAGCAGCAUGUCUCGCGCAGGUCCAAAUUCAGGACAUCUGCAGAGUUGCAACCUGGUCGUUGGUGCAUACCUUCACAUCCCACUACAGCAUUACCCAGCAGGCCCAAGGCAGUUACAGAAGAGUGUCCAUGAACUCUGAGCCCACUUCCUGGGGUACUGCUUGUGAGUCACCUAACGUGGAAUGGGCAUGAGCAACACAUCUCAGAGAACAAGUUGUGAAAGGUUAGUAACUGUUUUUUGUAUGCUGUGAAGUUGUAUUGGUAAUCCAACAAUAAAGAAAUAUCUUAGUACCAGUUUAAGAAAAAUGUUUGCCAUGCAGUUUACUGCAGAAUCUUCGGAAUAAACUGUUGCAAUGUUCAGAAGCAGCCAUUUUUGGUUACGCAUUUAAUUGGAAUCAGCUUUAUUCACUCUUUUUUUAAUUUUUGUUGCAAAAGUGGGGUUUUAUUUUGGCUUUAUGGGAGUUGUUUCAACCAUGUGGCCAGUCAUAUAGGGUCCUCCUGCCUUACUUAACCGUACAGACUUGCGGCAUAAUACAGUAUUUUUGGUUGGUUUAGAGCUGUUGGAAUGGUAUGUUAGUUAUGAAACAUUAAAACUGUAUACAUAUUUUUCUUCAGAUACUUCUUUUUAAUUCAAAUAGUCAUCAGAUUCAUAGUUAGUGUACCAUAUUUUUCAAAUUUAAGAUAUUGUGCUUAUAGAAAAAAUACUGAGCUCUGAUAAAUGUAAAUAAUCAAGGCUUGGUCCUACU